AUGAUAUUUGCAAAAGCUGUGAUUACCGUACUGACCAUAGUCUCAUUUGCGACAAAUCUCGUCUUGGGAUGGAAGGACUAUAAUCUAUCAGCAGUUGUAUCGAAUGAAUUUGCUCCUGGAUACAUCACAGGCCUAUACUAUACGGAAUGGUCAUAUUUCCUCAAGCAUCUUCCCUCAAGUUUACCACUUGCCUCCAUCACAAACUUGUACUAUGCGUUCUUGAAGAUUGAUGAAGAAAAUCUCCUGUUGCAUUUUCAGGACCCAGCAUUGGCCACGAAUACUAGCAUUGCAUUUGAAACGCAGAAUUUGGGUGAUUGUGUUCGCCAGAAGUAUUUCUACUCAUCUAUUUCAGACGACUGGGUGUCCACUUUUAUGAGAAAUGUCUCAACUCUUACGCAGAAUGCUGGAAAUAGACAGUUAACCUCUUCUGGGUUACUAGGCCAACUCUCGCAGAUUAAGAGUUUAAAUCCAAAUAUAAGGGUGUCUUUAUCUGUUGGAGGUGCAGAAACAAGCCAUGUUUUUAGGCGGAUUACUGACUCUGCCAAGUUAAGAGACAAAUUUGCACAAGCAUUAGCCACAUAUGUUCAUCAUUAUGGAUUUGAUGGCUUGGAUUUGGACUGGGAAUACCCAGAAGAGCAUUCCAGAGACAAUCUCUCGGAAUUCAUGAGGCUUGUACGCUUGUAUCUUGACAGUUUACGUCCACGAUGUGAGCGAUAUCUUCUCACUAUGCCGCUUCCUGCAGAGAUCGAGAAGUUGGACCAUUAUGAUUUGGACGAGCUUUCGAAGCACGUGACUUAUUAUAAUGUUAUGGGAUACGAUAUGGGAGGAAUAUGGGCCAAGCGAGCAUUGUUUCAGUCUCAACUUUAUGAGGAUACAAGUAGUGAAUCAAGUAGUUCUGUUGAUAACACAAUCCGAUAUCUUUUGAAAGACAGGCAUGUCAAGUCUCGGCAAAUCGUGCUAGGUAUGCCAGCUUAUGGUCGAUCUUUCAAUGCGAAAAAUCUUUAUGAUGAGGCAGAUGCGUGUGCAAAUUUGUCAGGGAUAAAGCAAGAGCCAGAUGAAUGUAUUGUUGCUUAUAAUAAGCUUCCUCCUGAAGGAUAUGUAGAAGUUUUUGAUGAGAAAACUGGGGUGGCUUAUGCAACAAACAGAAAAAGCGGGAUUGUUGUGUAUGAUAACUCAAAGACAGCUCGACUUAAGGCCGACUAUGUUAAGAAUCAUAAUUUGGCAGGAGGUGUGUGGUGGGAUUCAAGUGGAGACACGUACGCUGUUAACGGAAGUCGGUCGUUACUUUUUUCGUUUGUCGAUCAGAUCGGAGGCUUGGAUUCGUUGAAAAAAUCGCAAUGCAAGAUUAAUCCUGAUCUUUAUCACGGUGAUUUUGAGAGCCUUUCAUAUCCAGAAGACAAGCUCCCUGAUAUUUCGAAAGUAAGCGGUGGAAACGUAAUAAGGCCAUCACUUUCAUUUCUGGGUAAUGUUUUCGUAACGGCAUUGCUAUUUGUGACAUUCCAGUUGUGA